AUGUCGUGGGACCUGCUCAAGCGAUUCCUUGAGUCCGACGUCUUCAACUCGAACCCCUUUCUCUCGGUCUCCUACCUUUCUCGCUAUGCCGACCAUGUGGGCAUUCACUAUGUCCUGUGCAAUAAGCUGCGACAAUUUCCCUACGAGGAUAUCGAGUUCUUCCUGCCGCAGCUAUGCCACCUAAUAAUCAGCGUCGACAACGAGUCCAUGGCCUUGGAGGAGUUCCUCCUGGACUUGUGCGAAGAGUCCGUCACCGCUGCGCUUCUGACCUUCUGGCUAUUCCAAACGUACCUACACGAUCUAUCCUCCAAUCCGUCGUCCAAGGCCUUUCAAACGUGCCGGAGGGUAUAUAACAAGGUGCAGCAUAUUGUGUUCGGCCUGCCAGAUGCUGCAAGGCACGAUAAGAUCAAGGAGAACAUCUUGCCCGUCACGGUCCUGGCGAGCUUCGUCUUGGCCAGUGUCGCGGUGCCACUCGUCCCACAAUGGGCGGGGCCACUCGCUGUGGCACAGGCUAGGAAGCCUCAGCCCUCCGACGACCUCAUAUCCGAUUCUCGAGAUAGCAACCCCAAGACAGCGCAGGUGACGCGAGCCCACACGGUAACGGCUGGGAGCACGAGGUCUAGGCGUACGAAAGAUGGCGGGCGGAUGGUCAGCGCGCCGGAUCUGGUAUCCCCAGGCGUCGUGUCGUCUAACUUGCAGCAUCGGUCGACGGAUCCAUCUCCGUCUCGGCCAGGUUCCUCUGGCUCCAAGACCCCCAUCGAAGUCAAGCGUCUUCCGUCUCAUCUCAACAUGAAGAACGAUGACGCCCGUCUCAGCUCCUCUUCGCUACCUCUCCCUGAGCUACGUUCCCCGAGGCUGGCCAUAACGAGACCGGCAACACCAGUAUCGGCAGGAUUUCCCCCACGCCCGAACGAUGCUCUGAAUAGGAGACAUUCUCUUCACUUCAAGAGCGGUGCCGCAGGUUCUGACUUGACAACGCUACAAAAGACAAGAUUACUGCGCCAGCACUACUUUAGAUGUGAGACGCAAUUCCUGACCGCGCUAGAGGGCAUCUCCAACAGGCUUGUAAUCGUGCCAAAACCCGCUCGGCUCAGUGCUCUUCGCGCGGAGCUGGCCCUUAUAGCGCAAGAUCUGCCGGCGGAAGUGGACGUUCCAGUUAUUUGCCCACCUACCCUGGUGGAUGGAUCCCCAGCAAAGAGUCGGCACCAUCGAAUUGUUCGUCUGAAUCCAGGAGAGUCGACGGUGCUGAACAGUGCAGAGAAGGUGCCAUAUCUUCUCAUGGUUGAGGUACUGAGAGAUGACUUCACAUUCGAUCCGGAUACGCCAGAUAACAAGAGGCUUUUGGCCACUCUCUUAUCCGAUCCCGGCCAUACCCGACGUAUUUUUGACCUUUCCGACUCACCUCGCAUACCUAUAGCGCCCAAAACACCAGAGACAAUAGUUGACAGCGUGUUUGAGCCUAUUUCAGGCGACUUGGGAAGCUCUCCCCUGAUCAAGCCAUACGAUGACGAUCCUUUCCAGAAACCCCAGGGGAAACAGGUUCCGCCGUCGCAGCCUCAACGUCUUCCGAGCGCUGGCACGUCUGCAAUGUCGACUGUAAUGUCAGAAAUCACAACUCCGCGGAGCUCCAGAACAUCAACCUCGAGAUCGAGCAGUCCAACAGGCCCACUCCGCAAGAUGACACUCUCUUCGCGGCCUAAUACUGUAGUCGAUCAACCAGAUUUCUCCGCGCUCGCUACCCACAUGCGCACGGCUUCACAGAUGUUGGCUCAGCUCGAAGCUACGAGUGGCAAGCGACCACGACAUGAAGUACAGGCAAUUCGAGCCAAGAUUAUUGCGAGCAUGCAAAGCUUGGAAGAGCAGAGUUUCGAUAUGGACGAGCAGGGCCCGACCUUUGACACCAUCAUUGCUAAAGCCUCUACCGCUCAAGCGAACUCUGUUGUUGCAGCUACCGAGGCCCCUGAAGCCGAGAGCGAAUCUCCCGUUGAACCGGGGCCCAAUGCUGGCGCAGGAUUGGCGAGAAUGGAGAAUGAUAUCAAAACCGGUGGUAUUCAGAGUAAGGGUGACCGCGACGAUCCUAGCGCGGCUGUCUUCGGUGAGGCAUGGCAAGCGAAGAAAGAGCGCAUCCGCAAGACUUCACCGUAUGGAUGGAUGAAGAACUGGGAUUUGGUCAGUGUCAUUGUCAAGACCGGAGCCGACUUGCGCCAGGAGGCUUUCGCUUGCCAGCUUAUUGACGUCUGCCACAAGAUUUGGGUUGACGCAAAGGUCAACGUCUGGGUCAAGCUUAUGCGGAUUCUCGUUACUGGCGAGUCCUCGGGUCUGAUUGAGACCAUCACCAAUGGCGUGUCGCUGCAUUCCAUCAAGAGAAGUCUGACAUUGUCGAUGGAGACAAGCCCCGGUCAGAAACGCCGGUUUGCUACGCUUAGAGAUCACUUUGUGAAGGCGUUCGGUGCUCCGGAUAGCGAGCCUUUCAAAGCGGGUGUGGACGCCUUCAAACGCUCACUAGCCGCUUACAGCAUGAUUUCAUACAUCCUGCAGCUGAAGGAUAGACACAACGGCAACGUACUGAUCGACAGCGAAGGUCACAUUGUCCACAUCGAUUUUGGUUUCAUGCUGUCCAACUCGCCAGGCUCUGUUGGUUUUGAGGCGGCACCUUUCAAGCUCACUCAGGAGUAUAUCGAGGUGCUCGGUGGCAUUGGGUCUGAUGAUUACGAAGACUACAAGAAGCUCUGCAAGCAAGCUUUCCAAGCUCUGCGGCGGUCUGCGGAUAACAUCAUCGACUUGGUGGCCAUGAUGGGGCGUGACUCAAAGAUGCCUUGCUACUCGGCGGGAGUUGUCCAGGCCACACACAAUCUCCGUCAACGCUUCCAGCUGCAGCUGAGUGCGGACGAAGCGGAGCAGUUUGUGGAGACUGACCUGAUUGGCAAGUCCCUGGGCAGCUACUACACACGGCUCUAUGACACCUUCCAAUAUAGAACGCAAGGCAUUUACUAG